UUCGGCUCAGGAUUUUAUUUUCUUCCUUCCUUUCCUCUCCGUUAUUCCUUGCAUGGUUGAUACCAGCUUUCGAUUUCUAUCACAACAGUCUGCAGCCAAGCGACGGAACAGGAAAGGCUUGUCAUUAGCCGUGCCUGCGACGCGACCUCACCAGCAUAGUAUACCCGCACCUUCUUCCGCCGCCUUAAUCCAUAAUGAUUCUUCUACACCUACCGAUAAUGGGCCCGAUAAGCCAUAUAAACAAGGUCCCAUUCGUAUCUUACCCUACUUGUACCUUGGUGACGAAAAUAAUGCAAACGACAUGGCCGGUUUGAAGUAUCUACAUAUUGGGUAUAUCUUGAACGUCGCCAAGGAAGUCAAUCAUCCAAGCGAACAUGAUUUUAGCAUGAGUGAUAUCUCUGAGGAUGAUGGAGGUGCAUCAUCGCCUUGUUUAUCUAUAUCAUCGUCGGCUAGUUCAGCGUCCAGUAUCAACACCUUAUCGUCAUCGUUUUCCUUUCAUUCAGAAUCGGUCACUAUGGACGCUUUCCACGCUUCACCACCCGAUGACCUCGGUGCCCACAGUCCUUUUAGUCCAACCAGAGGGGUCAAACCUACACCGCGUGGAAUACGAAUGCUCCGUUUUCGACCGUCCAACGUUUCAUUUACAUCCGCCAUGAGGGCCACGGCUCAUCGACAAAGCAGUAUGAAGCGGCCAUCGUCGUCAGAUAUGAAGGGUCGUCGAAAACGCCACGUCGGCCAAAAUGAUGUUGCACAAAAUGAAGACGGGACUCCAUUUCAGCAAAUAAAGUACAAAAAGUUUGCCUGGACUCACAACCAUGAAAAUUUAGCCACCGAACUUGCACCAGCUCUUCAAGUCAUCGAUCGUGCACGAGCUGCAAAACGAGCUAUUCUGGUUCAUUGUCAAUGUGGAGUAGCCCGUUCAGCUUCCCUGGUCAUUGCUUAUGUCAUGCAUGCCUUCAAGAUGUCCCUCGACCAAGCUUAUGAUUUUGUCAAGGCAAAGUCAACGUCUAUCAGUCCUAAUAUGUAUCUCAUGUUUCAAUUGCGAGAUUUUGAAACUCAUCAAGGCUUGGGAUUAGACCACAGAUCCACCACCCCUCCUUUGCGAAAGUGCACUAGUAUGCAGUUCACCGAUGUUCAUCACGCCUUCAAUGCUCUGGUCAAACUCGACUAUCCCUCACCUCCAGCCACCGAAUCCAUCAUGCUAAGUAGAAGAAGUCUGGAUGACAGCUUUUACCACUCCCACUCCUUUAGAUCUGAAUCGCCUUUUAACAACAAUCUCCCCAUGUAUCUGUGACCGGAACACCAAGAAAGCAAUCUAUACUCAGUGCUGGGCAACUGACAAAAAAGAAAUUGUAUUCUUCGUCGUUCUCUCGGCCCAUCCUAUCCUACGGAAACCCACC